AUCCCGAAUAAUCGCGAAAGCUCGGGCUGCGAACGGUGCCAACCCCUGAAGAGAGCGACCCCAGACUUUACGGGGGGUGCCAUUGACGAGCAAAAGCUUGAAUUUUCCUCCAGGAAACGGCUACCGACGAAAGGGCCAGCAGCUGCAGCGGGACAAGGGAAGGAAAAGGCCCGCCGCGUGCGCCCAUCCUCAGCACCAUCGAUAGUAGCGUCCCGGACCGGGGGGCUGAAGUGUAAGGAAGUGGCCCGGAGUGAACUGAUCGGAAGAUCGCAGGAAAGAAGGGCAAACAGACAGGCAGACGCACAUACAGGCGCACACACACACAUGCGUACACGCUGGGAGAGUGGUAAGGCAAAAUUGGACGAAAAGCCGACCGGGCCCAAGUGCUCUGUACACAGGAGGGCCAUUGUGAGGGGGAGUUUGCCACCCUUCCGUCGCCACAUAGUCAUCACGGGGAUCGGGAGUGACACCACACCAGACGUUGUGUUUUUCUUUGCUGAACGCGUAGCAGUGGCAAACCAUUCACUUCACGUGUGUGUGUGUAAGUGUGACUGUGGCUGUGUGUGUGCGGCAACAAUGAACUAGUGGAAUCGUGCAAAAGGAGACAGAGAGAGAAGCAAAAAGUGCCGCAACGUCAAAACCACCUGCUUUUCCCCAAAACCGCCCCUAGCACCACCCACCCAACCCUCGCCCUUGCGGUUUGGGUGGCCGCUGGACUGGGUCGUCGGCUGCCAGCGCAGUGCUGUGUCUGUGUGCGUGCGUGGAGCUGUGUGGAGCUCCCAAACGACAAACCGAGUCAAGGAUUUUUCCAGCGUUGAGCGUUUUCCGCCACGAGAAACCAUCCCCAAACCAGCUGCGUCUACGAAUCGGAGGCUUUCCUGCAGCCUUUUUUUCGUUUUUGGUGUGUGGCCAAAUGAUCGCGCUCCCAGGUGAGGGACGGAGAAGAAAGAUACGACGAAGCCCAGCCGCAGCAUAGGCUGUAUGUGGAAAAGCGGAAAUUUGCCACCAACGUGAUAAUAAAACGAAACUGCCUAAAAAAGAGGAAAAGCCCAACAUCAUCCAUUUCACAGUAACGCACACAUACUCGCCAAAGAAGAAACAAGACUAAAAAGAGCACACAUCAGAAAGAAAAACAGUUUCAGCUGUGUGUGUGUGUGAGUGUCUGUGUGUGGGGGCUAAAAAGGCCCCAAAGAUAAUUGGAGAUGGCCAACAGUGCGAACCACUGGACCGUAUAGUGCACAGCAUUUUGUGAUUGUGUGAUAGUGUGUGUGUGUGUUGGUAGUGGUUGUUUUUGUUAGUGCAACUGCAGCAGAGGCAGCUCAGCGGUACGCGGGGAACAAUCAAGGUGACAAAAAUUCGCAAUCAAACGCUCGCAGCCGCUGGGCGGCGAGUUAACCCCGAAAACCCGGUCCCUCUCCAAUCAUCCAGCGGGGCGACCGCGUGCAGGGCGGUGCGCAGGGCGGAGCUACCUUAACGAUGCGGUCCGCCGGCGUCCGACGUCUCGCUAGUUGCCGGGUGAACCGUCCGCAACAUGCCCGCACCGGCCACUAGCGGUCCCGCGUCGGUACCACCAUGUCCGAUAACGAGCACGAAGGGGCGGCCGCGCCCCUGGAGCCAGCGCUCGACUCCGUCCCCUACGCGACGGUUCCGCUCGUGCCGCCGGUCGAUUCUUCCAUCGCGACUAUCGUCACUAUGGACGCGACAGCGGUGGUCGGGACGCCGCCGCCGACGACGACGACGGUGGCGGCCGAGUCGCUGGGAGCGUUUGUGCAGCCCCUGCCCGCCUCGACGCCGCACCGGUUGCAGCUGUUCCGCUAUCCGAACGCGUUCGCCCGCCCGCCGCACCAGCAUCCCCACCACCAGCAUCAUCAUCCACAGCACCAUCACCACCACCUGCCCGCCACAAUCAACAAGCAUGAGCCGAAACGGGCCUGCACAUCGCUGCCGCUUUACCUCAGCAAGAGUGACCUGUGCUCACUUGUUCCGCGACCUGGUAUGGAGUAUGUGCCAUUGAGGACUCCAGCUGCCGAGACGUACCACUAUCAUCACGUCACCGAUCAAACAAAGUCACUACAGGAUUUACAGAAUGAAGUCGCCGCUCUACUGGAGUUCCGUGAUCUGGUUAUUGAAACCUUUCCCGAUCUUAAAUCGAAGAUGGCUUCCUCAGCGGCGAACAGUACCCUUACCGGUCUACCAUCGACCUCAUCCCUGGGGAGUCGACGUGAGUGGGAGCCGGGAAUACGGAUCCGGCGCAAACUAACACCGAAAGAGGUGAGCAGCACGGAUGUCGGUGGCACGGGCGGCAGCAGCAGUAGUAUAGGCGGUGCCAACACCAGUACCGCGAUCAUUCCGGGCACUGUGGGCGAUGGGGGCGGUCCGUCGACGGGCAGCGCUAGUGCUACCGGCCCGGCUACGGCCACCACCGGAGCCGGCGCAACGAACGUGUCCGACCUGGGCCAUCAUCAUCACCAUCAACAGCAGCAGCAGCAGCAGCAGCAGCAACAUCAGCAGCAACAGCAGCAGCAACAUUCGUCGUCCUCGCUGAUUCGCAGCCGAAGCAACUCCCAUAGCGGUAAGAAGGAACCAAAGAGCGGUGAAGGCAACAACGGCAGUGUGAUACAGGAUUCGGGCUUCUCGAACGAGACGUCCUCCUCGAAGGAGACGCACAGUGCGGCCUCCUCGACGAGCGGUGCCGUGCAGGGAACGCUCAUCCUGCCCACGGCAACCAACCGGCUGGCGGCGGAAACUGGCGGCGAGCUGUGGAAUCUGCUCGAUGUGAUACAUAGGAAGAGCAGCCGGCUCCGGGAGGAGGUCGAGCUGCGCCUGGAGCGGGAGCGACCUAGGGGAACAACCAAUUUAGCUAUUAGUAAUCAUCAUGCAUCGGCGCUGCAUCACCACCGCCACCAUCAUCAACUUCAUCACCAUCUGGCGCAGGGGGGUAGCGUCGCUGCGGCCGCCGCCGCCGCCGCCACUGCUGUGGUGGGUGGAGCGGAUGACAACAACAUCAUCAUACACCACAGCAAUCCGGCCGCAGGCGCGUCGAGUGGUACGACGCUGGUGCCGGUAACGUCGUCCAGCAGCAGCAGUAGCAGCAGCAGCAGUGUCACCGCGACGACGGUGGUGGUAUCGCCUGGUGGUGCACCGGCCACCACCACCACCGCCAGCGCCGUCACGGGCAAAAGCUACCACCAUCAGCACCAGCCGGACGGUACCGAUCACGAUGUACAAAUACUGCGCAAGGAGCGCGACCGCCUGCUGGACAAGCUGUCCGAGUACGAGGCGGAAAAGCUGGCCGGCUGCAUCCAGAUGGCCAAGAUGCAGGCCGAGCUGGACAAGCUGACGGUGGCGCGCGACCCGCACCACCAGCAACUGGCGGUGGUGGCCAACAGUCAGAAGCAAGAGCUGAGCAGCAAACUACAUGAUCUCCAUCUGCAAACUGUAAAUAGAAGUGCGUCUAGUUCACCCGAGACUAUUAAGCAGCCGGCGACCGUAUCGCAACAGCAGCAAACGUCACCGCAGCUACUUAAGACGAUGGCGCGGUACCACAAGCCGUCGGACGAGCCGGCGGACCCGCUGGCGGGCGGUGACCCGGUGCUGCCGUGCGACGACCACCACCUCGGCACGGAGGUGGACACGCGUGCGGCCGGCUGGCUGGACGGGUUUCUCGGGCUGCCGUGGGAGCCGCGGGUCCGCUCGCUCGACUCGAAGAAGAUCGCCGCCAUCCUGCUCGAGACGAAUGUGGUCGGGCUGCAGCGGCAUCUGCUGACGAUGACCGUACAGAAUCAGAUAUUACAGCAACGGUUGGAUCAGGCGACCCGGUCGCGCCUUGCCCUAAAGGAGCGGCUCGAAAAAUCGAAGGAAGAUGUAGACGAUCUACGGUUUCAGCUGAAGGAGAAAUCGAUCGAACUCGAAGGUACCAAGGCGCAGCUGCGUGUGAUCGAGUCGAAGUCGACGAGCAAAUCGGUGCCGUCGUCGACCGUCGGCAGCCCGGAGCGGACCGCCGCCUCCGUGUCGUCGUCCUCGCCGCCGCCGCCCACCUCGCCGAUGCUGUCCGCGUCGCACCCGCACCCGCAGCUUCAUCAUCACCACCCGCACCACCACCAUCACCAUCAUCCCCACAUGCUGGUGGGGCUGCGGGGCGAGAGCGGGCCGCGCCUGCUGCAAUCGUCCUCCCAGGUGUCGACGCCCUCCAUGAAGGCGAUGACGCCGGUCGCGAUGGAUGACAUCGUUGGGCAGCAGCAGCAGCACAACAGCAACACCGAGUCGACCCAGGAUCAGCCCGACCGGGACGGCAGCAUAGGGGCGGCUGGUGGUCGCCUCUUGCUACACCAAACUCCUACCCAGCAGCAGCAGCAGCAACUGCAGCAACCACCGGAGACGCCCCGUCGCCGACCGUCAAAGAUACCGCUGCCCGGGACGAAGGGUUCGGCCGCACCGAAACCCCCGACCGGGCGCAACUUUUCCGCCACACCUACCCCGACCACGCCGACCGCACCGGUCCAGCGUCCGCUCGGCGGUGGCUCGUCCGGACCGCCGUCGAACCGUAGCCUCACCAAGAGCACCGGCAGCCUGUACGUGAAGUCAACCGACACGGCCAGUUCGUUCGGCCAGCAGCAGCAGCAGCAGCAUCAGCAUCACCACCAUCAGCAGCAACCGCCGCAACCGAUGGCCCGGACGCGCGACACGACCAGCACGAGCAGCGGCAGCCUGUACCGGGCCGACUCGGCGCUCAGCUGGCGCACCAGCAAGGACACGCCGUCGCUGGAGAAGUCGCGCUCCUCCUCGAUACCGGUGUCGGCCGCUGGCAGCAAGGGCUGCAGCAGCAGCAGCGGCUCAGCGCCACCGUCCUCGCCCGCCGCUAGCACGCGUACGUCGAUGGGGAUGCCGCCGCCGCCGGUCCCGCCGUACGGGAUCGUGUGCUCCUCGCCGCAGCCACGCGCCAAGCGCGACAAUCUCACCAGCAAGGUGAAGAACUGUGAUUCGCUGUCCCGGCUGCAGUCGGCCCAGGUGUCCACGUACGGGGUGCUCGCGACCGGCAGCAGCAGCACCGGCGGGCAGCAGCUGAGCAAGUCCGGCUCCCGCAAGGAGCUUAGUGCCGCCAGCCCGGGCAGCGGGCCCCCCGAGCGCAAGGGAAGCACGGCGGGCGGCGGUGUCGGCGGCACAGUCCUGCGCCACGCCUCGACCGCCUCGAUCGGGUCGACCGGCCAGUCGGACGAUUCGGCCUCGGUAACGGCGUCCACCAGCACCACCACUACCACCACCACCAGCAGCAGCAACGUGAAGGCGCGAAGAAACAACACAUUCCGUUUGGCGAAACCAACACUAACGCCGCUAGCAGUACCGGAUCACACAACCCCCGCCAUUAUCACCACCACCUCUACCACCACCACCAGCAGCAGCGGCAGCAGCAGUGUGGGUAUCCGCUCGCCUCCACCGCCCCUGCCGGGGAUUGCCCGCUCGCCGGACAUGUACGCCUCCUCGCUGCGGGCCAUCGGGCGGGUACGAUCACGCACGGCCACCGGCAGCGCGACCGCACCGAAGAUCUCGACCACGCCCACCGCCAGCACUCCCGCCACCACGGUACGGGCCGCCUGCUCCACCUCGGCCCUGUCGGAGCCGCGCCGGGACCUGAUCGGCGAGUACCUGGCGGCCAAGAACCGCCAGUCGGCCAUACCGCCGCCCAUCUUUCACGUCCGCCCGCUCGCGCUGCAGGGCGAGCAGCGGCCGCAGCAGCAGCAGCAGCAGCAGCGCCAGAUCGACGAGCUGGCGUACAAGCAUCCCCUCCUGCUGAUGGACACCUCGGACGAGGAGGACGAGCAGGAACAGAAUGCGGGCCAGGAGUCGCUGAUAGUGCCAAGCCCGAAGCUGGUCGCGUUUCAGUCGCCCGGCAGGCAGGGCGAGACGGGGCCAGACGGUUGCCGGCUGGUGGGCAAGGUGAACCCGAACAUACUGAAAACCUGGGAGCAGCUGGUGGCGGGCGGCAUCGGUAGCAGUGCGGCCUGUGCGCACCAGCAGCAGCGCGAGGAAGCGUCACCACGGUACCCACCCGCCCCACAGUACACCGGCGGCGGUGAGGAGUGUCUUGUGCUCAGUAGCGGCGGCUCGGACGAGGCGCCCAGCGAGCCGGACGAACGCCAGAGCUGCCUGCUGUACUGUCCCCAGCGGCCACCCCACGGCGAGGAGGAGCUGGUCGAGUUUAAGGUGAACCGGUUGCGGCACGCCAGCCAGGGUGAUGGGCCGGACGGUCACCGCGGCGAGGGAGCGCCGCUGUCCGUGACGACCACCGCGACGACCGCCCGCAACUCGUCCGACGGUGGGGUCGACUUCUACGACAGCAUCGACGCGGUCAGCACGUGCGUCCGGCCGGGCACGACCACCGCCCCGCGGGACGAACCGACGGUCGGCAGCGACGAGGAGGAGGAGGCGACCGAUGCGGGCGAAGCGCUCGCCGAGCUAACCUCACUGGACCGCAAGCGGCUGCUCUGGUCGAUCGCGAUCGAGUAGAAAGGGUGCGGUUGGCGGAGCUUUCGGCGUCGCUCUCAAGUGUAAAUCGCGUUGUAAAUCAGUAUUGUAUCUCUCUGUCUCUCUCUUUCUCUCUCUCUGUUGUCGCUCGAGUUGCGUAGAGAGCCUACAAGCACACAAACACAUGAUUUCCUAUGCUCUAGAUUCCUAUGUGGAGGGGUUGGCGUGUGUGCAGUGUGUGUUCCUAGUGGUUCCUGGGCUUUCGUGCUGCUUUGCGCACGAUCUAGUCAGCGCUGACUCGCUACAAUUGUAUACACACACGCGCGUAAAAACAAACGCACUUACACCUUCACCGCGGUGUGUACACCGUGUGACACUUCAAACGGAGAGCAGACGACGAACCCUUCAACGGGUGGCAGCAAAAACAAAACGACGCCUCGCCUACCGACAGACAAUCAUAAAUACAUUCCACCAGGAACCAGGAGGUCGGGGGCGGCGGGUGUGUUGGAACCAAAAAUGAUUCUCCACGCCGAUGGUAAAAUGGCACUUUUCCGUCGGACACUUUUGCUGUGUUGAUCGUUGAAUAAUUCAGAAAUGCACGUGUGGUUUGCACUCGUUGGGUAAAGUAGCUUCUAAUUUCGAUUUAAAAAAAAGCUAGCAAAAACACACACACACACACACACAUGGUUGUCCUCCCAGAAUAUGAUGGCGGUUUUUAAUACGCCUUCGAUGACGUCACAUUCCAAGGGACGCAAAGCUCGGCUCACUUCACCUCACAAUAUGUGCAUCAGGGUUCGGUAUUGUUUUUUGUUUGCUGUCCUGAAAAAAUGAAGACAAUAUACACACCUGUAGGGGGGAACACACACACACACAUACACACAUACAGGAGAAAGGAAAAUAGGCAUAAAAACCACACGCCAGGGUUAUGAUAUUAAAAUCGGUAGGACCUAUCCUACCGGCAAUCUAACGGGUAGAGCGGAUAGAGAUAAAAAAAGAAAAAAGAGAGAUUGAGAGAGAGAGAGAGAAAGAGAGAGAGAGAGAAGAAAAAAGAGCAGAAAAUAGUAAGAAAAACGGAAGAAAUUGGAAACCAAUGGGAAAUGAAGUAUUAAUGCUUAGGAGAUAUUUUCGUUCCGCUUGCACACUAGAGCAUCUGUUUGUUUUAUGCGUCAUUUUUGUUUUGUUAUGUUUUUUUAUGCCUUUUUUUCUUCUUUCUCUUUUAUUUUUCCUCCUUAUUUUGCAUAUUAUAGUUCUUCUUCUUUUUACAUUUGCUUCUGGUUUGCUUGAUGUGUAUGUUUCCCUUCACCCCCCCCAUCCACUCACUCACUUUAUUUUCCAUCCUUUUUACAUCCUUCCAACCAAAAACACAGCGCUCUUUUGGCUGCUAUUACUUUCGCUCCACAAACCGGAGCGGACAGGUAAAGCGUGGGCGAGCACCGCCAUUCGCAUACGCAAAUCACUACCACGCCGGGUGGCAUCAGCUAGCCGAGCAAGAGCGAGUGUCGAAUGACGAGGGGAAGCAGAAGGGGUGGUGCGGGAGGUGCUGGCCGAGUUUAAAACAAUUAUACAAAGAAAAAGCAAUGCAAAACUCCCCGCAAAAAAGCGAAAAAUCUCUAGCGAGUUUGCUUUCGAGAAGAAAAAGCAAAAAAAAUGAAUACACACACAUACACGUUAAACAAAAUAUCAAAAUAAUAGGGAAUAUAAUGGGUGUAAGUGAAAACAUGUGAAAUGAAUUCAGAAAAAAACUAGAAAAGUAAAGUAAGCAAAUGAAGUCGAGAAAGAUGAAAAAAAAACCCGAAAGAAAGAAAGAAAAGGGGGAAAAAAACGCACGUGAUAUAGAAAGCAAAAAUCGGUUACGAACGCAGGCGGGUGAACUAAAAACGCGGUAUGAUUGAAAGGAUUACUUUUAUACACUCACACACACAAACACACAUACACACACACAUACAAGUGGUUUCCAUGAUGUAAAUAGAUUUACCGCAAAAACAAAAACAAAAACAGCAACGCCCUAACCUCUCUUCCUUAGCGGGCAAACGGGGUGCCGGAAAACGGGUGGGGAAAACAAAAUGGCGGUGAAUGUGUAACUAAACUAUAGCAAUCCCACAAUAUCCGUGAUGCGCGAUUUCGUCCGAACUCAAACGGAAAUGAUUGAACACUAUACAUAAACAUAUACAUAAAGAUAGGCAAGCUCCUGGGAGUGUGCGUGUGCGUUAGGUGGAAGAAGUCAUGUUAAGCGGCUGCGCAGGCGGGCGUAGUUCAAGUUUGUUUUGUUUUUUUUUUUUAAUAUUAGUAGAACAUCAUCAACAACAGCAACAAAAACUCAUUAGCAGAGAACGAGUCACACGAAGACAUUAUUUAACCAAGAAACUAAGGGGGUCGAAGGGUGUGUAAAUGCUGCAAGCACCGCGUGGUUAGCAGGCGAACGAAAUUGUUGCAAAAAGAAAGCGGGACAACUGAAAUUGAGGCUUGAGAGCGAGGGGAGAGCGAAAAGCAGGGAGUAACUUGUAGUGCAACUACCCUUACUACCUACUACCUACUACUACUACUACACGUAAUACACUACCAACCCUACUACUAUCUACUACCGCGCUCCCACGCUCGUCCUUCCCCCCUCUUUCCCGGGUACCCCUCGGAAGCGACUCUCUAUAGAUGGGAAUAUUGCACGGCGUGCGAGAACGUUGAGCAGAAGUAAAGCAUGAAAAUAAGAAACUUUGAAGAAGGAGAGAAAGAGAGAGAGAGAUGAAAGAGGGGUGUGGAAAUAAUAGGAAAGCGAAUUGAUGAUUAGUAACCAUGAUUAUUACGGAUUACGAUUAUUAUUACUACUAGUGAAACAACAACAAAAACACAGACACACACCCAUACAUGGAAACACUCUGCUAUAGCGAUUAUUAUUAUUAUAAUUAUUAUUAUCAUGACUAUCCGUGUGUGAGGAGCGUUCGCCCGUCAAUGCGGGUGGGCGGGUGGUGGGGAGGCAAAGCUCUCCUGUCAUCAUUAUUAUCAGUAUAUGAUAGUGGUGAUCAAUGAUGAUGACGAUGAUGCUGGUUAUUAUUAUUAUAUUAUAAUUAUUACAAACCACAACUACUUGCAACACACACAGCGCUGCACGGGAGGAGGCGAGGCGCAGUGUGUAAUAAUUUCAGCUACUGCAGAGAGAGUGAGUGUGUGUGUGUGCAUGGAGGAAGGGAGUAGGAAACAAAUGCUAGUGGAAAGAUAAUGAGGGGGAAUUGGGUUUUUUUUUUUGGGGGGGGAAGGGAGGGAAGGAGAAUCGAAGGGAAGCACGGAAGCACACAACAUACCUCAUUCAAGGCGAGCAACCCAACACAGCCCCACAGCGGACGCGAUGCGCGAGGGGAGAAAAGGCGCGAACCAGCUGGUGGGGCUACCGGCACGGGCGAGAAGCAAGAGAAGAAGGAGGUGUGCUGCUGCCGCCGCCGGGUCCAUGUUGAGAGAUAAAUCUAGUUAUAUAUUUGAAAAUUUCAAAUUACAGUUGUGUAUUUCAAAGAAUAAAAAAGCGACGAACCCGCAUUCAAAUGGGCGAAUGAAAAGAAUCGAAAUAAAAAGAUUUAAAAAAAAUA